AUGGACAUCUUCAUAGCUUUAAGACCCGUUUAUGACAGAAAACAUCAAAUGAUAUUUGCAAGAGGCCUUAAGGUUCCUCUUGUUAUUCAACUUACUGAUGAUGAGAAAUGCAUGUGGAAAAAUCUGACCGUGGAAGAGAGCCAGAGACUCACCAGGGAGAAUGCCAAAGACAUUAUUGCCUGUGGUUUUGACUCCUUCUACAAGAACAUGGUGAAGGUUGGAAAGUGUGUCACAUAUAAUAAGGUUGUUGGAAUUUUUGGUUUCACCCGUGAAGAUCAUGGUGAGACCGGUAAAAUGUCGGCCGGUGAUCCAAAUUCUGCCAUUUAUGUAACUGAUUCUGCAAAGGAAACUAAGAAUAAGAUAAACAGGCAUGCAUUUUCUGGUGGACAAGAUUCAAUAGAGGGACAUAGAGAGCAUGGAGUAAAUCUCGAGGUAGAUUUACCAUUCAAAUAUCUCAGUUUUUUCAUGGAUGAUGAUGAUAAACUCGAAGCGAUAAGGAAGGAGUACGGUGCAGGACGCGUGCUAACAGGUGAAGUUAAGCAACUGCUUAUUCAAGUUUUGACUGAACUAGUUGAAAGACAUCGUAGGGCUAGGGCUGCUGUGACUGAUGAGAUUUUGAAAGAUGCUUGUUGGCACAUGGCAUUGAAAGCAAACAUUUUGAAUUAUAUGAAAUCUCAGUUAUGA